CAUAUUUAUCUGGACAGGUACUCAUUUCUUGACUUACAUAGAAUAUUGUUUAGUUUCAAGCAUUGAAAUAUGCAAAUUAGCUUACAUAUCUAAUUGUAAUACAAAUUCUUUAUGUUGUUCAACAUUCUAAAAUGGGUAGAACAAAGAAUUUAUCUGAUUAUGAAAAAGGGCAGAUUGAUGCCUAUAAAUCACAAGGCAAGUCAAUAAGAGAAAUUGCAGCAUAUAUAAAUCGUCCAAAAUCAACUGUUGGUGAUUAUUUAUCAAAAAGACGUGGCAAGGAUGUACCAAAAUUCAAGACAGGUCCAAAACCCAAGCUUACUCCUCGAGAUUGUAGACAAAUCAUCAAGGUUUGCUCCACAAAACAAACAUCAGUAAGAAAAAUAAAACAAGAAUUAGACUUGCCUUGUAGCAGCACAAUAGUGUGGAGAGUUUUAAAUAAAUCUCCAAUGUUAAAAUUCAAGAAAAAAAGCUGUAAUGCCACCACUUUCAUUAAAGCACAAAAGUGACAGACUUGAUUGGGCACAAAAACACAUGACAUGGUCCAAAGAAUGGAUUGAAGUUUUGUUCAGUUAUGAAAAAAAAUUCAACUUAGAUGGUCCAGACGGUUGGAAGUAUUAUUGGCACGAUUUAAGAACCGAAAAACAAAUAUUUUCAAAACGUCAAAUGGGUGGGGAUCAAUAAUGAUGUGAGGUGCAUUUGGAUUCAAUGGAACCACAGAUUUAGCAUUUAUAACUCAAAGAAUGAAUUCAGAGACGUAUCAAGGCAUGCUUGAAGAUCAUUUAUUGAAAGCUGGACCAAAUAUUUGUAGACCAAAUUGAUCUUUCAACAAGAUAAUGCCCCUGUGCAUGCCUCUAAAUCAACAAAAAUUUGGUUUGAACGUAAAAAUAUUAAUCUAAUGACAUGGCCUGCUAGAAGCCCGACGGAAAAUAUUUGGGGGAUGAGGGUUCGUACAGUUUAUGCCAAUGGAAAGUAGUUUUCCACAAUUCAUGAUUUGAAGGCAGCAAUUUCAGAUGCUUGGGAUAAACUUAAGAUUGAAUUCCUUUAGAAUCUAAUUGAAACAAUGCCUA